AUGGUAUUGUCUAGCGUGUCGCAACAUGGUGGUACCCAAGCUUGGCUCACCGUCGCCGGAGGCUGGAUCUGCCAGUUCUGCUUAUCUUGCUUCAUCAAUGCCCUCGGCACAUUCCAGCUCGCCUAUGAGAGGGAGAUCCUGCCCGACGAAUCGUCCUCCAACAUCUCCUGGAUCCUUACCACUCAGCUGUUCCUGAUGUUCUUCCUCUCCCAACCAGUCGGGCUCGGCGUGGACAUGUUUGGCGCGCGUGCGAUCCUCAUACCCGCAUUCAUGUUCUCCGUGGGCGUCCUCGUCGCUCUGUCAUUUGCCACCGAGUACUGGCAGAUCUUCCUGGCAAGGGCCCUGGUGUUGGGAAUCGUCUCGGGCGGCAGCUCAUGUGGAGGUGUCAUCUUCCCUAUUAUGCUAGCCCGCCUCUUCGACCAGAUCGGCUUUCGGGCGACGCUGCGCUACGCGGCCCUCAUGAUCGGCAUCAUGCUCGCCAUCGCCAUCCUUCUGGUCUCAAGUCCGCUCCCGCCCACGGGGCUCGCAGGACGGCGCUCCCUUAUCAGCCUCGCCCUGUUCAAGCGACGAACCUUUCUCCUCUUCGUCUCGGGCUGCUUCUUUGUCUACUGGGGGCUCUUCGGCCCGUUCGACUACCUGCCCCUGUUUGCUUCCGGAGAUCCGGCAACCGCAGAAAUCGCACUCGACACCGUCUCCAUCAUCAACGCCGCCUCCAUACCGGGCUGUAUCCUACCGAAUAUGUAUUCUGACCGGGUUGGUUCCUCUUUCAGGGCCACCUCUGCCUGCUCCCUGCUGUUCGCCAUCUCAACUCUAGUCAUUUGGCUGCCCAUCAGCUACUACAAGUCACUUGGCGGUCUCGUCGUCUCUCUCAUCGUCUUCGAAUUCUCGUCGGGCGCCUUCGUGUCCCUCAUGACGCCUGCGUUGAUCGAGGUGGAUGGCGGUCACAGCCAUGAGUUCGGUGCCAUGCUCGGCAGCUACUUCGCCGUCGUUGCCAUAGCUAGCUUGACUGGUCUGCCUAUCCAGGGGGUAAUUAUGUCCGAUUCUGCAGGCGGUAUUAUCAAGGACUCGGAUCCGGAGCUGGGGUUGGGAUGGCUCCUUCCUUCGUCACAAAGGUUCGUAAGGGGUAACGAUACGUCCAGUACUGUGACCCAGCAAAUAUCUUAA